AUGCUACUCCCGCGCGGCAUAUACAACGACUCACCACCGGAACGCCGCUCCCGCGCAACCAACAACCCGACCCUCCUCUACAGCUGGUGGUGCACUAUCUUCUCGCUUGUUAUCAUCGGAUUCCGGCUAUCCGGUCGUCUCAUUCGCAAUGAACGACUCUUCAGGGAGGACAAGAUUAUGGCAUGGAGCAUCAUCCCUCUUGUAGCGCGCAUGAGCGUGGUGCAUGUGGUCCUGAUCUGGGGUACCAACAACGUCAAUGUCAGCGCUUUGAACGAUCCUGUUAGAAUUCGACACCGAGAGAUCGGCUCGCAGUUGGUGCUUGCAGCGCGAAUAUUCUACGCCAUGUUCAUCUGGAUGGCCAAAUACACAGUAUCCGAAUUUCUGAAGCGCCUGACUGAACGAUUCUGGAAGAAGGGCUACGAGUGGGGACUGCGCGCUAUCCGGCUCUUCCUGGUCGUCACCUUCGUCGCAGUGGUCAUUGCAACACUAGCCGAAUGUCAGCCUUUCACGCACUACUGGCAGGUCAAGCCAACACCAAAACCACGAUGUCGACAAGGCUUCGCGCAACUCAUCACCAUGGGCGUAGCCGACAUCAUCACCGACGUCCUCCUCGUCGCCUUUCCCAUCCCUAUCAUCAUCCACUCCGGCAUGCCCUUGAAGCGCAAGGUCUCCCUUGUGGCGCUUUUCUCUUUGUCGGUUGUUCUCAUCGUCAUUACAGGAACGCGUGUUCCAAUGGUUAUCGAAAGACGCGGGCUUCAACAGUUCCGUUCCAUGUUCGCAUCAUCUGAGAUCCUUGCUGCGACCAUCGUCUCCAAUGCCAUUGUUCUUGGCUCUUUUCUUCGUGACCGGGGUCUGAAGAAAGCGAAGUUCAAGGCUCCGUCUACCACCGAUAGCAUGGAGCGGAGGGGUUCGACGCGCACGCACACACUCCCACAAUAUAGCAGCGACGAAGACCUUGCGCGGUCGCUUGGGUAUCGAACAAAGCCCGAAUUGGCUGAGAGGAAAAAGAGUGUACCUAGACCCGCACCGAUGGCUGAUCUGGGUCUACUAGCGCCCACGCAACAGCCUGGACCGUUCGCGAACACCAAUUGGCAGUUUCCGGGGAAAGACGAUGGAUUGCAGACCGCCGGUAACACGACUGGCAACAUUCGCGAUCCCAUGCCGAGUCCACGUGCCAGCAGUGGUAGGCGAGUCUCGUUCUACGAUGUUGGUGGUCUACUUGAGAACGGUUCGACUGCUCCAUCGCCAACCGACUCCGUUCUUACGCAUGACUUUGCUGCGCAACCUCGUAGAGGAUCAAGGGCAUCCAAUACGCUGCUGCCCAACGGUCGCGCCUACCCACCGCCAGCACGUCGGUCGUCACGAUUGUCACAACAAUCAGAGGACUACGAGAUGUGUUCGCAGCGCAACCAACUGCGGGACCCCGGUGGCUUGCUAUCAGAGGACCGCGAGAUUGAGAUGGAGCAGCAAACGCGCGCGUGUCCAUCAACACACUCGAGCUCGUCAAACAGUCUCGCCUUUCAGCGUGCGCGCAGCACAUCUCUGCAUCGCACUUCAACACAAAAAAGCCACAGCGUCCCAUCAUUGCAAGACGCAGGUGGCCUCGUCACAACCCGCUCAUACGCGCCCAUUACGCGCAUCACCACGCAUACCAGCUACGAUACACCGUCCCUGCAGGAUGCAGGUGGUCUGCUGUCCUCCCCUCCCCGUUCCAAAUGA